UCGUGGCUGGGCCGGCCAGCAGAUACCCUUUCUCAGCAUUGGCGUCUCCUGGCUUACGCUUGGCCAGCGCGGUGCCUCCCCGGGAUCUCCCUCCCUGCUCCUCCCCCAGGGCCCCGCGGGCGGCGGGGGAAGCGAGGCGUGGGGUGGCCCUGCCUGGGUGGUCUCCUGCCCCGCCCCCACCCGCGGCGCCGUCGCCUAGCAGCGGAUCCGGCUGCGCGGCUCCGGGUAAUUUGCGGACCCCUCAGCCAAUGGGAGGGCGUCGUCCCGGCCCGCUCCCUUUUUCUGGAGCUAAGGACGCCUCCUCCUCACUGCGCUCUCCACCUCUAGCCGCGCGGGGCGUCGCGGGCGGAUCGCUCUGCCUGCACGCGGGACCGACUCCCGCACCCGCGCUGCGCUCGCCCCCGAUCGCAGCCGCCGCGGCACCCCAGCACCCCACCUUCACGCACGCCGCGCCUAAGCUGCCCCACUGAGUCCCGACGCGGGGCUCCGCGGUACCUGGGUACCAGGCCAGCUUAUGGAGAAUCCCAGAUAACGCGGGUUGGGGGCGCCCACGCCCCCCAUCCCCGCCGGCAUGGCUCGGCCGCCGCCACUCCAAGAGCUGCCCCCUGGCUAUACACCCCCAGCUCGAGCCGCAUCACCCCAGAUCCUAGCUGGGAGCCUGAAGUCUCCACUCUGGCUUCGUGCUUACUUCCAGGGCCUCCUUUUCUCACUGGGCUGCGGGAUCCAGAGACACUGUGGCAAAGUGCUCUUCCUGGGCCUGCUGGCCUUUGGAGCCCUGGCACUGGGUCUCCGUGUGGCCAUCAUUGAGACAGACCUGGAACAGCUCUGGGUGGAAGUGGGCAGCCGGGUGAGCCAAGAGUUGCAUUACACCAAGGAGAAGCUGGGAGAGGAGGCUGCCUACACCUCCCAGAUGCUGAUACAGACCCCACGCCAGGAAGGGGAGAAUGUCCUCACACCUGAGGCUCUGGACCUCCACCUCCAGGCAGCCCUCACCGCCAGUAAAGUGCAAGUAUCACUCUAUGGAAAGUCCUGGGACUUGAACAAAAUCUGCUACAAGUCAGGAAUUCCCCUAAUUGAAAAUGGAAUGAUUGAGCGGAUGAUUGAGAAGCUGUUUCCGUGCGUGAUCCUCACCCCCCUCGACUGCUUCUGGGAAGGAGCCAAACUCCAAGGGGGCUCUGCCUACUUGCCCGGCCGCCCUGACAUCCAGUGGACCAACCUAGACCCAGAGCAGUUGCUGGAGGAACUGGGCCCCUUUGCCUCCCUCGAGGGCUUCCGGGAGCUGCUAGACAAGGCACAGGUGGGCCAGGCCUAUGUGGGGCGUCCCUGCCUGCACCCUGAUGACCUCCACUGCCCACCUAGUGCCCCUAACCAUCACAGCAAGCAGGCUCCCAAGGUGGCUCAGGAGCUGAGUGGGGGCUGCCAUGGCUUUUCCCACAAGUUCAUGCACUGGCAGGAGGAAUUGCUGCUGGGGGGCAUCGCCAGAGACCCCCAAGGACAGCUGCUGAGGGCAGAGGCCCUGCAGAGCACCUUCCUGCUCAUGAGUCCCCGCCAGCUGUACGAGCACUUCCGAGGCGACUACCAGACGCACGACAUCGGCUGGAGCGAGGAGCAGGCCGGCACGGUGCUGCAGGCCUGGCAGCGGCGCUUCGUGCAGCUGGCUCAGGAAGCCCUGCCUCAGAAUUCAUCCCAGCAGAUCCACGCCUUCUCCUCCACCACCCUGGAUGACAUCCUGCACGCUUUCUCUGAAGUCAGUGCUGCCCGCGUGGUGGGAGGCUAUCUGCUCAUGCUAGCCUAUGCCUGUGUGACAAUGCUGCGCUGGGACUGUGCCCAGUCCCAGGGUGCAGUGGGCCUUGCAGGGGUGCUGCUGGUAGCCCUGGCAGUGGCCUCGGGCCUUGGGCUCUGUGCCCUGCUCGGCAUCACCUUCAAUGCUGCCACUACCCAGGUACUGCCCUUCUUGGCGCUGGGCAUCGGUGUGGAUGACAUAUUCCUGCUGGCACAUGCCUUCACAGAGGCUCCCCCUGGCACCCCUCUCCAGCUCCCAAGCCUCCCCUCCGCUCUGCCUGGAGGACCCAUGACUCCUCCCCUGUCCUGGCAGGAGCGCACAGGCGAGUGUCUGCAGCGCACCGGGACCAGCGUCGCGCUCACAUCCAUCAGCCACAUGGUUGCCUUCUUCAUGGCGGCCCUCGUUCCCAUCCCUGCACUGCGGGCCUUCUCCUUGCAGGCGGCCAUAGUGGUCGGCUGCAACUUUGCAGCUGUGAUGCUUGUUUUCCCGGCGGUCCUCAGCCUGGACCUGCACCGGCGCCACUGCCAGCGCCUUGAUGUGCUCUGCUGCUUCUCUAGCCCCUGCUCAGCUCGGGUGAUCCAGAUCCUGCCCCAGGAACUUGGGGACAGGACGGUCCCUGUGGGCAUUGCCCACCUGACGGCCACAGUUCAAGCCUUCACCCACUGUGAAGCCAGCAGCCAGCAUGUGGUCACCAUCCUGCCACCCCGCGCCCACUUGGUGCCCCCACCUUCUGACCCGCUGGGCUCUGAGCUCUUCAGCCCGGGAGGGUCCACGCGGGACCUCCUAGGCCAAGAGGAGGGGCCCAGGCAAAAGGCAGCCUGCAGCUCCCUGCCCUGUGCCCGCUGGAACCUUGCCCAUUUCGCCCGCUAUCGGUUCGCACCCUUGCUGCUCCAGUCACACAGCAAGGCCAUGGUGCUGGCACUCUUUGGUGGUCUCCUGGGCCUGAGCCUCUACGGAGCCACGCUGGUGCAGGACGGGCUGGCCCUGACGGAUGUGGUGCCUCGAGGCACCAAGGAGCAUGCCUUCCUGAGCGCCCAGCUCAGGUACUUCUCCCUCUACGAGGUGGCCCUGGUGACACAGGGUGGCUUUGACUACGCCCACUCCCAACGCGCCCUCUUUGAUCUGCACCAGCGCUUCAGCUCUCUCAAGGCUGUGCUGCCCCCCCCAGCCGCCCGGGCGCCCCGCACCUGGCUGCACUAUUACCGGAACUGGCUGCAGGGAAUCCAGGCUGCCUUUGACCAGGACUGGGCUUCCGGGCGCAUUAGCCGCCACUCGUGCCGCAACGGCUCUGAGGAUGGAGCGCUGGCCUACAAGCUGCUCAUCCAGACGGGGGAUGCCCGGGAGCCCCUGGAUUUCAGCCAGCUGACCACGAGGAAGCUAGUGGAUAAGGACGGGCUGAUUCCACCCGAGCUCUUCUAUGUGGGGCUGACCAUGUGGGUAAGCAGUGACCCGCUGGGCCUGGCGGCCUCGCAGGCCAACUUCUACCCCCCACCUCCCGAGUGGCUGCACGACAAGUAUGACACCACCGGGGAGAACCUUCGCAUCCCGGCAGCCCAGCCCCUGGAAUUUGCCCAGUUCCCCUUCCUACUGCGUGGCCUCCAGAAGACCGCGGACUUCGUGGAGGCCAUCGAGGGGGCCCGGGCAGCGUGCGCCGAGGCAGGCCGGGCCGGGGUGCGCGCCUACCCCAGCGGCUCCCCCUUCCUCUUCUGGGAGCAGUAUCUGGGCCUGCGGCGCUCCUUCCUGCUGGCUGUCUGCAUCCUGCUGGUAUGCACCUUCCUCGUCUGCGCCCUGCUGCUGCUCAACCCCUGGACGGCGGGCCUCAUAGUACUGGUCCUGGCGAUGAUGACUGUGGAGCUCUUUGGCAUCAUGGGUUUCCUGGGCAUCAAACUGAGUGCCAUCCCCGUGGUGAUCCUUGUGGCCUCUGUAGGCAUUGGUGUUGAGUUCACGGUCCACGUGGCUCUGGGCUUCCUGACCACCCAGGGGAGCCGGAACCUGCGGGCUGCCUGUGCCCUGGAGCACACCUUGGCUCCAGUGACCGAUGGGGCUGUCUCCACAUUGCUGGGUCUGCUCAUGCUUGCUGGUUCCAACUUUGACUUCAUCAUAAGGUACUUUUUCGUGGUGCUAACAGUGCUCACACUCCUGGGCCUCCUCCAUGGGCUCGUGCUGCUGCCCGUGCUGCUCUCCAUCCUGGGCCCCCCACCAGAGGUGGUACAGAUGUACAAGGAGAGCCCAGAGGUCCUCAGCCCCCCAGCUCCACGAGAAGGAGGGCUCAGCUGGGGGUUGUCCCCUACCCUUCCCCAGAGCUUUGCCAGAGUGACUACCUCCAUGACAGUGGCCCUCCACCCACCCCCACUGCCUGGUGCCUACAUCCAUCCAGCUUCUGAUGAGCCCACUUGGUCCCCUGUUGCCACACCAGCUGCCAGCGGCUCCAGCAACCUCAGUUCUAGGGGACCAUGUCCAGCCACUGGAUGAAAGAGUGCCUGAAGCAAGGAGACCCUGCUUUGGCCACAUGAGGUCACCGGGAAGCAAUGCGGGGGGUGCGGGGGUGGUUACUAAAUGUAGGACAGCUGCCUGGAGAACCCCGCUGCUGCGGUCUCUCUCAUCCCCUCCCCUGCCCCAGUGGUCACGGAUCUCCCUGCUGUCCUACGAAACCAGCAGCCUCUGGGCUCAGAGCAGCCUUGACACCAGGCUGUGUGUGUGGGCGCCUGUCCGGAUGGGGGAGAGGCCAGCAAUUGAGGCUGCCGCCAGGCCCUCUUCUCUCCCCACCCCCACACCCCUGUGCUACUGGCCCCUAGCAGACCAAGACGGAGGGGUCCUCUAGCACCCUUUGCGAAGCCUGGGCCCCCCAUGCUUGGCAGCUGCCCACAUCCUACCACAUAAAUUAUUUAUAUGAAGAUGUUUAUUUUUGUAGUUUGUAUAGAUGUUAGCUACGCUGAAAGUUUUAUUUUUAAAGAGUGAAAUAUAUUCUAUAUGAACUCCUCUCAAACGACUUCGGCGCUUU